AUUAAUGUGCAUUAUAAUCAAAUAAAUCAAAUAUAUUCACAGCACGCGCGCACAUUUCGCACACGUUUUGCAACACUGAGGGAGAGUGCAAGCGUACGUCAGUCUGCAGUUGCAUUCGUGUGUGUGUUUAACUAAAUUACACAUGAAAUUGUGGCUGCUGUUAGCUCACUGUCAAUGACGAAAGUAAAUUGAAAUCAAGCAGCAGCAGCACUUAAAGAAUGUCAUGCGUAGAAGAACGAGAACAACAACAGUGUCAUAGAGACUGCUUAACAAUGAAUUGAACACACACACAUACAAGCAGAGGUAUUCAUAAUAAAUGAAGACACGUACACACGCUCGGACUUUGGAUAUAUUCACACCAAAUAACUGUAAAAGAAUGCCGUUCUUCAAAAGCAUGUUGAAUGACAAUCUCAAGCAAGGUUCCGCACCAGACAACAAUCCCAACGAAUACACAAAAGAUACGGAUAUGCUAGCAACAGAUUUACUCGACGGAGGCCACAAGUUGACUGCGCUUGAGAACGAUGGAUCAUCUUUAACAACCGUAUGGAGUAGUUGCGGCUUGAGGAUCGAAUGCAGUACGGAUAACGUUAAAGUUCAAACCGAUCUACUUAAUUCGAUAGAAAACAGUGAAACCAACUCUCAAUGAACGAUCGGGCGCAACGAAAUAAGAUGCAAAAGCUUAGGCCUUGAUCAAAACCAAAUAAACUUGCGACAUCAAAAUAUGAAUUCAAACAAAUAGGAAAUUAAAAUUAAAGCAUGCAAUCUGAAAAAAAAAUAACGAUUCUCGGGUAAAAAUAAAUAAAAAAGACUAAAGAAUUACAGCGUGCUCUAAAUAUCAUCAUUUGCUGUGAAUCAAAUAAAUGCAGAGA